AUGGCGUCCACCGGCCCCUCCAAAUCCUCAGGCGCGCGGCCGAACACGAUACGAGCGCCCUCGUUCACCCGCCAGAGCGAAGAUAGCGAUCCUCUCAGAGUGCCGAAACGAGCUCAAACAUUUCAGAAUGGUGCUGCCUCCGACGCGUUGGCUACGCCGGCCGUCUCCAGCAAGUCGAAACCCGUAGACGAAACCGAAGCCCCAGAUGCCUUCGAAACAAGACCAUCGACAGACAACGACGAUGGAUUCGACGGUCGAGGAUCUGUGGAUUUGGGAGAGCUCCCGAUUGAGCUGGUCAGUCUGACCGACAGCUUCGUAGAGACUUUGACCACAAAGCACCACCCCACGCCGUUGAACAUCGACAAUGUCUCGCAGCUAUUCCAAGACUUCUACCAAGUUGCAUCGACACACAUCAACACGCACAUAUCAGCUUUGGUUUCGCGGCAUAACCGGGAUGCAUCGCCCGCCCCGUCCGCGUCAUCAAAGGUCUCCACAGCCAGCAGGCUUCGAGCCAAGGCGGCGUCACUCGGAAACAAGGACAAGCCAAAAGUCCUCCCUAAAACGGAGCCAGAGCAGCAAAUGAUCACUGCCGAAGAGCUUGCCAAUAAGAAGAAGGCCCGGAAAGCGAUCGAAGCUAAGCGCGGGAUCAUCGAGGAGGCCGUUGAGCGUAGGCUAUGCGAGGGCAUUUACGACAAGAUCUAUCGCCACAAGAGUACCCAAGACGAAGCCCAAGACUCCAAGCUGCGAUCCAAGACAGCAGCCCUAGCGCUUGUCGGCAUCGGCCCUCACGACCUUGGUAUCGAUCUCGGGGAUGACAAGUCACAAUCUCCCGAGGCGGCUGCCGAGAAGGCUGAGGAUAUCAAGAAGUGGCUUGAGCAGGCCAGACGGGAUCUCAUUAUGAUGAAUGAAAAGAGAUAUCCUCUUGGGAAGCUGCAUCACCUGAAGGCAGCUCACAAGAGUAUCGUCGAGACAUUGGCGCAUUUCCACCCGUCUGCUUCCGCAGAUGAGAUCAUGCCAAUGCUCAUCUUCACGCUCAUCACCCUACCCCCUGAGAACUUGAACGUUAUUAGCGACUUGCACUUCAUCCAAUACUUCAGGUGGGACACGAAAUUGACAGGGGAGGCUGCGUACUGCUUGACAAAUUUGGAGGCAGCCAUUAGCUUCCUCGAGACGGUCGAUCUAUCCACGCUAAGAGCGGAUGAGCUACCCCAGGGACCUGCCAGAGGCCCGAGCCAGCCGGGAACGCCCCGCGCUGACACUUUCCCUCCGGCGUUCCCGCCCGGGUUGACGGUAACGGCGGACACCACGGUGGAGACUAACACUGGUAAUGCCACCCCAACGAGACCGCCGGCGUCGCCGUCGGCUUCGUCUGGGCUUCGUGCUGCAGUCCAAGCUCGGAAUAGAAGACUGAGCGAACUCGUCAACACGCCUGCUCAGGCCAUCGGGGCCGCCAGUGACGCUGUGCUCAAUACUGCCGAUCAGCACAUUAAGACCAUUUCCACGAGCUUGGGUGACAGUUACAAGUUUCUCGUUGGCAAGUUGCGAGAGUCUCAAGGCUCGCCGACGGAAUCUGGCGAGAGACUUGUUGUCCCCAAAACACUCGACGAUGCCAGAAAACUCGUCAGUACGCCACCCCCCGAAGAGGAGGGUUCGGUCAGUGGCGCCAGCUCCAUCCAUGGCGCGGAGGAGGGCGAGUCAACACGUCGUGCUCCUCUGCGAGAGGACAAGGUGUUGAAUCUCAUUGGCGGACGGAAAGCCAGCAGAGAUCACAGUGUCGAUAGUUCUCGCAGCGUGAGCAGUUCCAAGAAAGCUACGCCUCUCAAAGAGAGUGGCGAUAAGGACCUCCCUACGCCGUCCCCAGCUUCGCAAGCGACGAACCCUCUGGACUCAGUCCGCAACUUCGGCAACUCGUUUUCCAGGUUUUCUGGGAUGAAUAUGAUUCGCGGUCUUAGCCGGACCGCGUCUACACCCGUCGUCGCCAAAGAAAUCACACCAAGGGACGGCCCGGCCAAGGGAGCCGAGGGCGUCGAUCUCGCCACGGCCUUCCCAGAUAUCGCGGCAGCUCUGCCGCCCAAGCAGACGCCCCAGAUCAAACCGCCAAACAAGAGGUUCAUGGAGCUCCAGAACGCGGGCGACCUGAAGCUUAACGAGGUCCUGGAGCUUCUGCGCGACUACAGGAGACUCGCCACCGCUUUGAAGGACAUGGGGGCUUUUGAGGGACAGAAGUGA